UUGGUUAUACGACGGAUCGGUAACAAUAAACGAUUGAGGCAGGGGUAUUAAGAGUGGUCGGCGUUAUGCCUGUCAAGUGAAAACCCAUACCGAUGAAAAUCCACACAUUAGGUUGGCCGUUGCGCGAGGAAUGGCAGCCUAUGGAAAUGUGGAGAAAAUACGACGUGCUAUGGACGUCGCACAAACUAUGAUUAAUUUGGCCGCUAAUCAGCUUGAUGAUUUGCGGUCUCAGUGCUCCGUUAAUGCACCGCUCACUCAAAAAGAAAUACGGCAAAUGGAGGCAAAAUUGAUAAAGUUAUAUUCCAAACAACUUGCGGCAAAGGCUAAAUUGGCUGAUUCAUUACCAUCAGACAUGAUACAAUAUCCAUUGUUAGAACAAUGGUUGAGAGUAGUUGGUCUUACUGAGGACUCAAUACAGAUGGUUUGUUCUAAAGUUAAUACUAUUGAGGCCCUGAAGGAGAAGUCUGAACUUGAAUUAAAGGGUAUGUUAAAUGAAAAUUGUAUAUACUACAAGGAAGAAUGUCGUAGGCUUUGUAAAGCAAUGGACAUUUUAUGGCGAUACACAGAUUUUUUGAUAAGAGGAGGUACAGAAAAGAAUGAUUCAGAUUUAUACUGGGAUUCUUGGGACAAUUUACGUAAGGAAAUUUGUCCUAAGUCAAUUCUGUCUCGUACUACACGGUGUUCCAUUCCAUCAGAGAGUAGCAUUCCAUAUCAUAAUAACAACAAUGAUGUAUUAGCACCAGCUUCUGCAAUAUCAACUUCUUUUUCAAGUAAUCCUCCCUGUAUUUCAUUGCCAAAGAGAGAUCUUGAAUAUGAACUUAAAUCUCUGCCUCCAGAAGUUAAACCUCUGCCUUCAGAAGUUAAACCUCUGCCUCUAGAAGUUAAACCUUUGCCUCCAGAAGUUAAAACUCCUCCUCCAUGUAGAAAACAUUUGAUUAGUAUACAAAAGAAGCCAUUACAAUCUGAAGUGCUUCCGUUAGCUAAGUCAAAAUCUCACGAAUCACAAUUGGCAAAUCGUCGUCUUACUAAUAUAAUACAAUUUGAUGAUGAUAUAUCAUUUAGUUUUAGAAAUAAUUCUUCUAUAGAGAAAAACAGCGAUUCUCCUGUAAGAAGAAAUCUACCAACAGAACAAAAUGUAGAUUGUGGUACAACAGAUUCUGGAAAAGAAGAAAGUCCUUUAUCAAGCAACAAUAGUCCCAUUAAAUCACCUAUUAAAUCACCUCUCUCUAUCAAAUCACCUGUUGAAUUACCUUUAAAUCACCUUAAAUCACCUGUUAAAUCACCUAUAAAAUCACCUGUUAAAUCACCCGUUAAGUCAUUUGUUAGAUCACAUUUUAAAUCACCACCACCACCUCCAAUCUGUACUACAAAUCCAGAAAGUGAUAAUCUUGAGGGAACAGGAACGAGUCUCCAAGUGCCAAACUCUCCAUCUACUCCUGGUUCAUCUCGCGGCAUGAGUCACGCAAUUACUCAUCGAUUUACCAAAUCAUUCAAUAUGUUAACAGUAUGUGACUAUUGUGAGAGACCAGUGUUUAUGAAUACUUUAAGAUGCAAGGAAUGUAAAUAUAGGUGUCAUCAAGAAUGUCUAUCCAAAGUACCCUCUUCUUGUGGCAUACCUCGAAAAUUUGUUGCAGCUUUUAAACGAUCUAUACAAUCUUUACAGCAUUCGUUGAAUGUUUCCCCUGUAUUAAAGAGGACUGGCAUGACAUCUUCGAAUAAUGUAGACUUAUUACCCCGUUUAAAUCGCAAAGACAGAAGACGGUCAUACACACAAUCUUCUACGAAUAUACCUGUACAUGGCGAUUCUAAUUUAAAUACAUUCAGCCAUAACCGCUCAACACCUUCUAGUCCAGCAUUGCUAUCAACUACUGUUAGCCACAGUACACAUUCGUUUCUAAGACAGUUUCAUUUUCCAGAUGUAAUGAUUAAAAAGGAGGCAUUAUCAGGAAAGUUUCAUGAGAAGAGAUACAAAUCUGAAUCAGCGAUUUCGAAUGAUAAUAGAAGAAAAAAUGAUAUGGAUGAUACUUCGGAUUCAGAGGUAUCAAAGAAAGCUAAUUCUCAGGAAUCUCUAAGUUCUGACAGUGAAAUAGUUGAAAAUCCAUGUCGUUGGCCUCGACAAAAUAGUGUAUUGAUGCAAGAGUGGGACAUUUUAUAUAGUGAAUUAAAAGUUAGAAAUUUGAUUGGAAAAGGAAGAUUUGCUACAGUAUAUAGAGGUUUCUGGCAUGGGGAUACUGCAAUUAAAAUUUUAAAUAUGAGUUAUUAUUCAGAAGAUGAAAAGACAUUAGAAACAUUUAGAUUAGAGGUCGCCACAUACCGAAUAGCUCGACACGACAAUAUAAUAUUAUUUUUAGGAGUUUGUACAAAACCUCCUCAAUUGGCUCUAGUGACUAGUUUGUCUAGAGGCAUAUCACUUUAUACUUGCCUUCAUAUACGAAAAGACAGAUUUACUUUGACUCAAAUUAAUUCUAUAGCUCAACAGAUAUGUCAGGGAAUGAAAUAUCUUCAUUCUCGUGAUAUAAUUCACAAAGAUCUUAGAAGCAAGAAUGUAUUUGUAGAAAAUGGAAAAGUUGUGAUAUCAGAUUUCGGUCUGUUUAACAUUACCAAAUUGUGCCAUGGAAAUAGGAAAGGAGAACGAUUGAAUAUACCACCAGGUUGGUUAUGCUACUUAGCACCAGAGAUUAUUCGACGAUUAAAACCGUUAAAUCGGGGUCAGGACAAGUUACCAUAUUCAGUUGAUUCUGAUGUUUAUGCAUUUGGGACUAUUUGGUAUGAAUUAUUAUGUGGUGAAUGGCCUUUUAGAGGUCAACCUACGGAAGCUAUUAUUUGGCAAGUUGGAAAAGGAAUGAAACAAUCUUUAUCAUAUUUGCAAGCUUCCCGUGAUGUAAAGGAUAUUUUAAUGUAUUGCUGGUCGUACCAUGCAAAAAGACGUCUUGACUUUAUAGAGAUAAUAACUCUACUCAAAAGGCUGCCUCGCAAAAAAUUAGCGCGUAGUUCCUCUAAUCCUACAAAUUGUACUCGUUCUGCAGAAUCUAUGUUCUGAAUAC